UAAACCAAGUAUUAAUACGUGGGAGGUAACAGUUGAAGAUUGCAACAAUGGCAAGAGUUAACAGGAAGAUAUCUGCUUCACCAGCCAGGUCUCAGACCAGAAAAUCAAAGCAGAACAGCUCCUUUCAGCUUCCUUCAGGAUUGCUCAAGAAAUUAUCAGUUGUCUUGUUGAUUGGGUUUCUGGCAUGGGCUUAUCAAGCCAUUCAACCUCCAGCACCCAAGAUCUGUGGCUCUCCAGACGGUCCAUCUGUUACCGCUCCUAGAAUUAAACUCAGGGAUGGAAGGCAUUUGGCCUACAAAGAGAACGGUGUCUCAAGAGAUAAGGCAAAGUAUAAGAUUAUCUGGGUUCAUGGCUUCGGUUCUUGUAGGCAUGAUGUGAUGCGGCUAUCUCCAGAAUUAACUGAAGAAUUAGGCAUCUAUUUGCUGUCCUUUGACAGAGCUGGAUAUGGAGAGAGUGAUCCCAAUCCAAAGCGAACAGUGAAAAGUACAGCUUUGGAUAUAGAAGAGCUUGCGGAUCAGUUGAGACUGGGAUCCAAAUUCUACGUAAUUGGGAUCUCCAUGGGUGGCCAAGUGGUUUGGACCUGCCUCAAGUACAUUCCUCACAGGCUUGCAGGGGCAGCAUUACUUGCUCCAGUUGUCAAUUACUGGUGGCCUGGCUUGCCGACCAAUUUAACCAAAGAAGCCUACAUGCUGCAACCACUGGGGGACCAAUGGGCACUAAGGGUGGCUCAUUACACCCCAUGGCUGACAUACUGGUGGAAUACUCAGAGAUGGUUUCCUGCUUCAAGUGUUGUAGCCAAUUCCCCAGAGAUUCUUUCUCGCCAAGAUAAAGAAUGCAUUCCCAAGUUUGCAAGGAGACAAAAGUACUUGGCACAAGUCAACCAGCAAGGGAAAUUUGAGUCCCUUUUCCGUGACAUGAUUAUUGGAUUUGGAGAUUGGGAAUUUGAUCCAAUAGGACUAGAAAACCCAUUUCCACACAAUGAAUGUUCUGUCCAUUUAUGGCAGGGAGAUGAGGACAGGCUUGUACCGGUUACCCUGCAGCGCUAUAUUGCUGGAAAGCUCCCAUGGAUUCAUUAUCAUGAGCUAAUAGGUUCAGGUCACAUGUUUCCUUGCAUAGAUGGUAUGAAUGAGGCUGUUGUAAAGGCACUCUUGCUUGGGGAAAAGUAGCCUCCUAGACAUGUAAUUCUCCACCUCCCUUCUUGACUUUGAAUUUCUUUUGGUUGUUUCCAUUCUUUUUU